UCUUCCUCUUCCUUUCCUGUUCUUUUGGUUGUGGCGGCGGGAUUCACUGAGAGCUGCGGCUGUGCAUGCGGGUUGGGGUGGCAAUGCGGUGCUUGCUGAGCUGCGACGGUGGCGUGCGGGUUGGGCGGCGUCACGGUGGUCGUCUCUUCUCUGUGAUUCUUCUCUGUGUCGGCAGUUUCUUCUUGCAACUAUUAUAGAUGAGCUGAAACUACUCACAGGAUUGCGGUUUUACACAUUGCAACUAUUUCUAAAUAUUCUUCUUGCAAGUACAUCUUGAAUUUUCUUAAUCUACAUUCGCAACUAAUAGGUCAUUGGCUUUUCUAUGUUAUAUAAAACACAGCCCAUGUUCAGUUAUCGUCUACAACUGUCAAUUGAGUACUGCAGACCUAUAUCAAAAGAAAUGCCUUGUUUGCUCAUCUCCAGUACAAUCCAUCAACACCAAUGUUAGAAUAAUGUUCGUUUAAAAUAAAUGCUUACCUAUUGUGAGGCCCAAUACAUAAUGUGGUGCAGAAUUUUUGUGUUACAUUGUAGGUUAUUUACUGGGGAUUGUAUCAGGUACACGUGAAUUCGACUUAGACUGAAGUCAUGCAAACAUUAUAGAGUAUUGCAGACCAAUAUCAAAAGAGAUGCCUUGCUUGCUAAUCUCCAGUGCAAUCAUCAACAGCAAUAUUAGAAUUUUGUUUUUUCGAAAUAAAUGCUUACCAGUUGCUAGGACCAAUACAGAAUGUAAUGCAAAAUUUGUGUGUCACAUUGUAGGUUAUUUACUGGUUUAGUAUCAGGUACAUGUGAAUGUAACUAAGACUGAAGUCAUGCAAACAUUCAUGCUGAUAAAUGCCUAUACAGUGCUGAAAAGAAUUCUGAUAUCUUUAGGAGAUCUGAGCUCCAUUGAAAUAUGAUCGUCAGUAAAUAAAUAGCUGUGAGAAAUGUGGUAGUUACCAUUUUUCCCUUCUACUAGAAUAAAUAGGUGGAUUUUGCCUGCCUAGCAUGUCGCUUUUUUAAAUUUCUAAAUAUCUUGGCACAAAUAUUACAGCACUUGUCACUGGUAUAUCUGAUAUUCUCCUUCUAUAUCCAACAGGUUACCUGGAAUGCUUGGGUCUUGUUUGAUGCCCUGUUGGUCACACCGUUAUUCCUUUUAAAAAGGGCCGCAUCAUACGAGACGACACAGGAAACCCUAACCCCUCCGGCGUCCUGCUCCUCUUCCUCCGACCGUCUCCAUGGACGCGAAGGACAUCUUCGGGCUCCAGAAGAACUCCUUCCCAUCGCCCAGGACAAGAAGCCGCGGCGCAAGCCCGAUGGCGUCUCGCGCGAAGUAUCGCCAUCCCGUGUACGCACUCACCGGAGGGGUGGGAAUAGUGCUGCUCAUGCCGACCAUCGAGGCCUCGCACCUGAAGUGUCGGCCUGCUGUGGAGAAGGUGAAGCUAAUGGCUCUUCUGCUCUUGAGGCACACACUAACCAUCACUAGUAGCGAUGAUGAAGAUGAUGCUUCUUCUAUUUUCUCGCUAUUCCUUUUGAGGGAAGCUGGAUUUCUUCUACCAUGAUACAUCAUGGCCUGGGCUAUUAGUAUCAUGCAGCGUCAAAGACAAAGAGAGGUUGGUGGCUGAUGCAAAUGACUGUUGCUGGAACAUGUUCAGAUUUGCCUUUAUUUGUGAUGCUGGAACAUGUUGCUUGCAGAACAUGUUGGUACUUGCCAUUGCAGUGUAUUAUUUGUUGCAGAACAUGUUGUAAUAUGCUGGAACAUAUUGCUUGCAUAAUUAUCAUUAGUUGGAAACUAUUUGCUGCAGAAA